AUGAUUGACGAAAGUACAGACAUUACUACUACAAAAAAUCUAGAUAUAUAUGUUUCAUAUAUAACUAAAGAGGGAAUCUUAAAAACACGUUUUUUAUGCAUUAUACCUUUAACAAGUUGUGAUGCAGAGGAUAUUACUAAGGUUUUGGUUGAUAUUUUUAAAAGAAAAAAGAUUUUAUCUAAGCUUGUAGCAUUUGCUUCUGAUGGUGCUUCUGUUAUGUUAGGAAAAAAUGAGGGUGUAGCCGCAAAGCUUUCUAGAAUAUGCACUUAUCCUUUAAUUGUCAAUUAUUGCGUUGCUCAUAGAUUAGCUCUAGCAUGUAAAGAUGCAAAAAAGGAAGUUAAAUUUUAUGGAGAAGUUGAAUCUUUAGUUAAAAGGAUCUAUAAUUAUUUUAAAAAUUCAUAUUUACACAUCCAACAAUUAAAGGAAAUCCAAAAUAUUUUAGAUGAUCCAACUUUAAAAAUAAAGAAAUUAUAUGAGAUCCGAUGGCUUGCAUGGUAUGAAGCUAUUAAAAAUAUCUGCAAUUCAAUUCUGGCAUUACUUAAACUUUUCAAAGAAUCAACAAAUAAUAAUGGGCGAGAAUUAUAUAAGCAACUAACAUCUUGA